AUGAAAAAUAAAAAUGCUUUUAUGUAUGAAACAAUUCGACCAAAAGUUGUACAUACAGCUAUUAAAUAUCUUGUUGAACAACAAUUAUAUAAAGAUGAAGGCAUUGUUAUAUCUAAUGAUUGGCUGAACGAAUAUUCCAAUGAAAGAGAAAAUUUCAUUGUCAAUGAUGAAGAUAAAAAAUGUAAUGAGCAUGAAAAUACGGGAGAAGGUUUUGACGACGAUGACAAUUGGAAUGAAUGCGAUGAUAAGCCAAUCAAUCCAGAAGCUACUGAAACAUUAUUAAAUGAUGAGAUUGACGAUCAAAAUGAUAUUGGUAUUAAAAUUGCUCCAGGAGAGAAUAACAGACCGAUAUCUAUUUUAAUGGAUUUGAAAGUCGACGAGUUAACAUUUCCAAAAAUUUAUUGUGGAAAACAACGAAAAAUCAAAGAAAGCGUUAAAUUGACUUAUGCUAAAAUUGCCAAAUUAAAAUGUUUAUGGGAAAUAUUAUCAGCUCCUUGUGAUCCAUUUCAAGGAUAUGAAUUAGAAGAUAAAUAUGUCAGAACUGAAUUUCAAGUUCGUGGCUCACCACAUAUUCAUGCUCUACUAUGGUUAAAAAAUGCUCCAAAAUACAACAAAAAUAGUCCUGAGUCAAUUGAAAGAUGUGUAGAAUUUAUUGAUAAACUGAUUUCGGUUAAUUUUAAGCCAAUGGAAUUUUCUGAAGAACUUAUAAAUUUACAACGUCAUAAGCACUCACAUACUUGUAAAAAACAUGUAAAAGAUGGUAUUAAAUGUCGUUUUGGUAUUCCAUAUUUUCCAAUGAGAAAAACGAUGAUUUUAGAACCAUUGAGUGAUGAUGAAAAGUUCACUAAAAAAGAACGUACAGAGAUAAGCAAAAAUAGACAGAACGUAAUUAAAGAACUUGACAAGGUAUCAAAAGAUAAAGAUAAUUCAUUAACUUUUGAAGAAUUUUUGGAACAUGUUUAUAUGAAUGAAGAAGAAUAUAUUAAAAUGAUUCGAGCUGAAUUAAAAAAGGCAAAAAUAUUCUUGAAACGUGCUCCAAAUGAAAUCAGAAUCAAUGCAUACCAGGGCUCGAAACGGGCCACUUUUAUAGGGCCCGGCCCGGCCCGAACUGAUUAUAAAAAUAAACGUCGUAUUUCAAAAGAAUUUCCGUAG